AUAAAGGAGGCUGUGUGAAUAAUGGCCAAACUGAAAUUUCUAGCUUAUGCCCACAACUAAUCACAAAGUCAAAUUGAACGUACAGCGUAGAUAUAAAAUUGAUACAGUAUAUAUAUAUUUUGAUUCCCUAAAUUGGUCUAAUACAAAAUUCACAACUAUGAGUUCGAAUGGGAGAAAGCUGGAGGCUGCCUACGAGAAGUUGAUAGAACAGAAUAUUAAAAGCCAGUUCGAGAAAAAUGGCACAAUGGCGGCUCUACGGAGCGAAAUGCACGUGAAGAUCCUUAUGAUGCUGCGUGGCCAGCUGAAUAUGUCCAAAAUGCAGCCCCUUACCGGCGGAGCAACUGAUGGAACCAAUCCUUCGGAAGAUCACACCCUGCUUAAGCUCAUAAACCAGCUGGUUAUGGAGUUCCUCGAUUGGUUCGGCUACAAACACACCCUGGAAACAUUUCGCCUGGAGACGGGUAAAACCGCGCCCAAUCGCAGGGAAAUGGAGCAAAGUCUUCUCAUCUCACCCGAGUCGAAGGAUUUUCCCCUGCUGGCUCAGCUGGUUAUGCGCGAUUGGAAGUCCACUAUGCAUGGAGCGGGUUCCGAGAAGGUGGUUCAGCUGCCGGAUCCGGUCAAGGCCACUCCACAGCGGAGUCGAAAGUUAGUACAGGAGCUGAAAGCGAUGCGACCCCAAAAGUCGCAAACUGAGCAGGGGAAACUAGUGCAAUACAAUCGAAAACUCAUCGAUCGAGCUAACGAUCCCUACACAAAAGCCAUCACACUCAGGAGCACUGCUACUCCACCGAGAUCGUUGAAAACCGAGAUGAGUAAGUCCUACGUGGAUAGCUCUGAAUCCGAUGUUCUGGAAUCUGAUUACAGCGAGGAGGAGUCGGCGGAUAGUGACGCGUAUAAGGACAUACCCGAUAGACAGAUCUUUAUCGACGACUUGCCGCCAGAGGGGAAAUAUGCCCCUAACCAUGGCGAAGAAGGUCCCUUUGUUGCCCAGCAAAACCAGAACCAGAACCAGAACCAGAACCAGAACGAUGGUCAGCUUCAGCCGGGUGAAGGCGAGCUGUUCACCGACCAUAUCCCGAGCACAUCAAAUAGGCCAAGAGCACGGAGUAUAUCAAGAAAACCACAAAUUGCAAGUUCCGACUCGGAGGAUGAGCCUUCGAUCAGCGGAAGGAAUUGGAAUUCCCCGCGAAGAGUGCAACUGCGGAGCAAGAACACCCUAAAGUCUGAAGAGGAACCUGUUCCGGCAGCGAGGAAACCCUACUGUCCAGAUACCCACAUAGGAGAAGUCGAUUUGGACAGCGAUUACAGCUCGGACGAAGACUGAUCAAAUUUUCCAUGUGCAUUUGCAGAUUCCUUGUAAGAUUUGAUAUGCUGCAAAUUUUUUAUUAAUAAAGGAGAAUUGGAUCAGGGGCAGCUCAUUAUGGCACCUCUGUUAGAGCUUCAGCCACAAGAA